AGUGAAGCACCCCAUGUAUUCAAACUCGGAGCAGGCAAAGGGAGGCUUGGAAGCAGUGCAUUUUCCAGAAGAAAGUUUGCAUUGAACAAUUUACAAGCAAGAGCUGCCAACAUGAAAGGUUUCAUUGUCUUGGCCUUGGUUUCUGCCGUCCUGAAAAUGUGCUGGGCAAACCACGAGGGACAGCUGGCAAGCGGUGGCGCUCUGACCAAGGGAAGCCUGAAUGAGGAGAAGCUGCCUCUCCUCUUCCUGAAGCGUUUCUAUGACGGUCUGUCCUAUGACGGAUUUGUGGGAUUGAUGGGACGGAGGACGGCUGGUGCAAAGGAGAUUCCUGUGGCUCAGAAACGGGACCUGGAUGAUUUCUUUGUCAGUCUGAUGGGAAGACGAAACAUGGAGCUUGAUGAAUCAACUGCUCUAAAUAAAGAUGUUCCAGAAAGCAAAGGACACAGCAUUUCCAGCAAUUGCAAGCUGAGGGCUUGUGGGUCCGUUUAACGCUGGAAGGAAUCGGGGCCAUAAGAAGGAAGUGAUUGCUCCAUCUACCAAAGUGCACACCUUUCCAAAAUAAGCUAGUAAAUGUGUUUUACACAAUGGAGAAUCGUAUUUACAGUAGAAUUAUGUUUGUAUUCAAACCCUGCAUGGGUGUGGUGACUCUGGUUUGAGAGAAAAUCAGUGGCCAUCUUCAUGACCAGCCAAGGCGAUGAGGAAGAAAUCAGUGGUAAGAACAUGAUUCUGCAGCUGGAACUGGUGUUCUGCUUUAUACCAUCUUCCCUACUGUCCACUCCAAAUAAAUAUGCAUUUUCACUUACUGUUAGGAUUUCAGUGUAUCCUGAAAUCCGUGUUUCGUGUUCCUGCAAUCUGUGUGUGCAGAGGUCAAAGUAUGCUUCACUAUGUUACACUUAUGUUCUGUGUCUCUCGAACUGCUGUCAAACACUGUCAAAUCCACACUGCCUUUGCAAUUUCAAGUAAUCUGGCUGCAGAAUUCACAUUUCUCAUCACAAUCGACACCUCAGCUUCUUCCUUUAUGAGCUUCAAUUCAAGGGACUACUUAGGUAUUUCGGUUUUCAGAAAAAUUCCAUCGUGCCUGUAACAGUUCUGUCAAGCUCCAAGUUGCCUGCCUGUUCAAUGUGUUCCCCAUAUAAAGCACGUGCACUCCCAUUACACAGUAUUCCAAAGGAGUUACAUUUCAACAAACCCUUUCCUAACCACUCUGCUUUACAGAAUUCAACCCACCAAAUGAUUAGAAUAAGAUUCUCCAGAAUCUCUUUUUCUCUCGUCCAUAAUGAAAGCAAGUUUGCGUCCAACGGCCUUUAAUCUUGUAACUGUGUCCCCUCAUUCGAGACUCCCCCACUGAUGGGAACAUCUCCACAUCCAUCCUGUCAAGCCCCCUCAGUAUCUUAUAAGUUUCAAUAAGAUCACCCCUCAUUCAUCUCAACUCUGAAGAAGACAGAUCUAAUUUCUUUAGCCGCUCACAACAGGACAACCCUCUCAUUCGGGAAUUAGCCUGGUUUAAGUAACUCUUGUGCACAUAAUAAUCUGGGGCAGUGGGUGCUCCAUGAGUCAUUGACCAUUUAUUUCCUCUGUAGCAAUGAAUAAGCUCAUGUCACACACUUGCAGAACAGAUAAUGUAGCCUUUAUAGAAAAAGCCCUGAGGAGCUGAAUAGUCAGAUAAAUUUAUUUGAUUGACCUUUCUGGAAUAAGAUGGAUAAACGCUGUUAAUCUACUUCUUUCAUGUAACUAUAUCAUGCACUUUAAUCCUUUGGACAGGCUUAUCCACAACUAUUACCCAAUUGUUUCAUUGUUAUAACCUUGUCCUUUUAAGCAAUCAGUCUGGAAGAUGGAAGUACUUGACUCAAAGGAAAUAUGGGAUACUCACCCACCCAAUCCCACCUAUACAACAGCACACUGUGGUAUUCAUAACACUUGCUAAGUUGGCGAACUCCGAACUGAAUUUUCUUGUAGCCUGGUGUGAUCUGUUCAUUACAUCUUGUAUUUGGGUGUGCUAGCUGACUGGUACCCACGCUACUGUUAGCAAUUACCUGUAUAGUCUUGACGAGCUUUUUUUUUCCUUGAAGUAGGUCAUGCAGUGCCAAAAGAAUAAAAGCCAGCAUGCAGUUAUAGGAAUGACUUAGGGGGUGGAAUCUCUAUUAAAAGAAGCUAUUUUUAACUGAAGGAACCGAGCAGAAAUAGCUUGAUUUUUGUCACAGAAUUCCCUCCCAUUAAUUGAUGACAUUAAUAAUAUUUAUCUGACCUUAACAUUUCAUUUUAAAUGAUAGUGGGAGAGAGAAAAUUCUUUACAAAAAUAAAUGACUCCUUGCUAUAAAAGGUGCAUUGACAACAAUAAUUAAGUGGUUACCAAAUGACUCACAAGGAGUGUGGCAGAAAUGUGUCCUCUCUUUGGACAGCCUAUCGAGGUCUACGCACACUGUCAAGGAUGUGGAAUUAAUAAAAGGUUCCAACUUGCUUCUUGCCAGAGGUUGGGAGGACAGGCAAUGCUUCCUGGGCAUGGGAAACAGUGUGCUUCAGUUGCAUGUCCUCCUGGCUGAAUGGAGAAUGGCAUGCACACCAAUUGUGGCCAAGCUUUGGAGCCUUGUCUUCCCAGGUUGAUAGUAUCGGUGGCUUUAAAGACAAACUAGAGGGGUAAAAAAAGUGUAAAGAAGCUGUAACAGUUUCCAUUCCUUCUCCCUAAAAAUGAGAUCAUUUGUUGGAUAUCUCCAGAUCACUGGGCCCUCAGUGGUCUUUCACUAUCAUCUUGACCCAUGAAAUGUUACUCAUUGAGACUGAGAAUUCCUCACGCUGCUUUAAAGAUUGGAACCAGUUUUGGUGAAGCCUGUCCCAAUUUAAGUGUGUUCGCAGAGCUACAGUCCUGACUGUUUCCAACAUGCACUUUGGUGUCCUUUUACAGUAACGUCCUUUACGAGGAUGUUGCCAGGACUAGAGCGCCUGAGUUAUAGGGAGAGGUUGGCCAGGCUAGGUCUGUAUUCCUUGGAAUGUAGGAGAAUGAGGGGUGACCUUAUAGAAGUGUUUAAAAUUAUAAGAGGCAGAGAUAAGGUGGACGGUAACAGUCUUUUCCCCAGGGUAGGGGAGUCCAAAACUAAGGGUUAUAGGUUUAGGGUGGGAGGAUAAAGAUUUAAAAGGGACCCGAGGGGCAACUUUUUCACAUAGAGGGUAGUGAGCGUACGGAACGAGCUGCCAGAAGAAGUGGGUGAGGCAGGUACAAUAGUAUCAUUUAAGCACUUGAAUAGGUACAUGGAGGGGCAGGGCUUAGAGGGAUAUGGGCCGAAUGCAGGAAAUUGGGACUAGCUGGGCAGGCACCGUGGUCGGCAUGGACUGGUUGGGCCGAAGGGCCUGUAUCCAUGCUGUAUUGCUCUCCGAUACUGACCAAAAAAAAUCACCAGAGUGGUGCAUGAGUGGAUCAAUCUUGCAUUGUGGAAGAACCGGAUAUUUAUUCUUCUAGAGAGACACUGGGAAUCAGAUGCCUUGAGGCGUGGCUACUGAAAUGAUAUAUAUGGCACGCGUUUGCUACAACGCAAAUCCAUUUGUGCUCCAACAGGAACUGGAAAAAUAUUUGUCCUUUUAAUUAACCCAAAUGAAAUGAUGGCCCUGUUAUUGUGAAGAAGGUUAAUGAGACGUCCCAUGCCCUUCUCGACAUAGGCAAUGGAGACUCAAGUGAGACUGCUACAUUCUGCAUGCGUUGUCGGUUAUCUUUGUUGUUUUUGCUACCAUUAAAAUCAAGCUUUGAACAGACUGACAAUGGCCACAGAAUAAAAUGGGUUAUCAAUACAC